AUGUUUGCGCCGUCGUCUUUCAGAGCUACCAGAACACUGCUCACAUCUGCGCGCCUGCAAACAGCUAUCAACCCCACAUCCACCGCAAACCUCUACCGACCACUCUUCACCCAGAAGUUCUUUCACAACACCGCCAAAAUGAGCGAAGACCACAAGGGCGUACACAACCUCAAGAACAAGGAGCAGUUCGAGGAGGUCAUGGCAGUCAAGGACAGCCUCAUGGUCGUCGACUGCUUCGCGACAUGGUGCGGCCCUUGUAAAGUGAUCGCUCCCCAGGUCGUCAAGUUCUCUGAGAAGUACCCCAACGCGCGCUUCUACAAGCUCGACGUCGACGAAGCCUCCGACGUUGCAGGUGACCUCGGUAUCCGCGCCAUGCCUACCUUCAUCCUUUUCAAGAACGGAACCAAGGUCGCCGAGGUCGUUGGCGCCAACCCCAAGGCUCUCGAGACCGCUAUCCAGAACAACAUCGAUGCAUAG